AUGAAUCGUUUUAUUGUAAUAACGGUGUUGGCAACAACAGCCUUAUGUCUGGCGCAAGAGGAACAUUAUACUGAUCGUUUUGAUGGCGUCAAUGUUGAUGAGAUCACAGCUAACAGGAGACUGCUGGUGCCUUACGUCAGGUGUGUGCUGGAUCAGGGCCGAUGCACAGCUGAAGGCAAGGAGCUGAAGUUACAUGUAAAGGAUGCUAUGCAAACCGCUUGCAAAAAAUGUACAGAUAAACAAAAAGAGGGAGCCAGAAAAGUAGUAAAUCACAUAAGAGAGAAAGAGUUGGAAUAUUGGGAACAGUUGAUAGCCAAAUAUGAUCCUACAGGUGAAUAUAAGCCGAUAUAUGAACCUUUUCUUGCUGGAGUAGAACCAACAGAAAUAAAUAUUGCCAACAAUUCAACUGAAGCAACUGAUGUACAGACAACCGAUUUAGUUGGAGAAAUAAACCCAAAUGAACCUGUACCAAUUGAACAAAAGAAUGCUGAUUUAGUGGAAACAAUAAAAACUGAAUCAUUGGAAAUUAAAAAAGCCGAAUCAGUUCAAGACACUAAAACUGAUUUAAUACAUGAAUGA